UUUUCAUCCACUCGAAAUCGCCAUGUGAAUCGCACCGAGAGAUUCACGCCUUGGAUUCAUGAAAGUACGCAUAUAUAGUAUGUAACAUUGUUCUUUCCAAUUGAUAUUUUUUUCAGGGAAAGGAAGAAAAAGGAACCGGAUCUUGAUUUGCUUAAAGAACAGCGAGGAUGGAGAUAGGAUCUUCAUCGACGUCGUUGUCGGGAGGAGGACAACUGUUGGUGCCACCGGGCUUUCGGUUCCAUCCGACCGAGGAGGAGCUUCUUUACUAUUACCUCAAGAAGAAAGUGUCAUAUGAAGCCAUUGAUUUGGAUGUUAUAAGAGAAGUUGAUCUCAACAAGCUUGAGCCUUGGGAUCUUAAAGAGAAAUGUAGGGUCGGGUCGGGUCCUCAGAACGAGUGGUACUUCUUCAGCCACAAGGACAAGAAAUACCCAACGGGUACCCGAACAAACCGAGCCACAGCAGCUGGGUUCUGGAAGGCCACUGGCAGAGACAAAUCCAUCCAUCUAGGAAGCUCCAAGAAGAUUGGGCUUAGGAAGACUCUUGUCUUCUACACUGGCCGGGCCCCUCAUGGUCAGAAAACCGAAUGGAUCAUGCAUGAAUAUCGUCUCGACGAUAGCGAAAACGAAAUCCAGGAAGAUGGAUGGGUAGUUUGCAGGGUAUUCAAGAAAAAGAACCAUUUCAGAGGCUUUCACCAAGACCAAGAAGAUCAUAGCCACCAUUACAUGAGUACCGACACCGAUCAUCAUCAUUAUGAUCACCAUCACCACAACAUUAAUCCCAAUCCAAACAACCCUUCUUCCUUUCCGCAUCCCCUUGAUCAUCAUCGCCAUCAUCACACCACUCACCAGCAGCCACUGUACGACUUUGCCAACACCUUCGACCACAACUCAAUGCAUCUCCCACAGCUCUUCAGCCCUGAAUCGGCCAUGGCAGCUCACCCAUUCGUGUCUCUGAACACUACAGAUCUCCAAUGCUCUCAGAAUCUUCUGAGGUUGACUUCGAACAGCUAUGGAGGAGAUUGGUCGUUCUUGGACAAGCUUCUUACUUCUUCUUCUUCUUCCACGAACAUUCAGCCUCCGACACAAGCAAAACAUUUGGUCGGUACAAGCAACCAGGCUGCAGUAUUGACUGAUCACGAUCUCGGAAGCAAUGUUGGAUCUGAGAGAUUCCCUUUUCAGUACCUUGGGAAUGAAGUUAACCUUCUCAAGUUCUCCAAGUAGAAUGAUGAACUUGUCGUUAUAAUCUUG